AUGGAUAACACAAACUGCUCCGACGUUCAAUUAUGCCAAGAUGUUGAUAAUCAGUUGCAAAUUUGUUUAACAGAAGAGCUCAAAUCCCUACAUUCGUACUCAGAAACACCUCCCAAUCAUUCCCAUUAUUCUUCUCAGUUAAACGCAGUCAGUCAUCCAGCUCAUACUGUUUCAAACCAAAUAUCUGUGAUUGGUUCAAAAGACCAGACGUCUAAUAGUACCGUUGUUCAAGACGACAAUUUUGUAGCGGAUAUUGAACUAAUUAGUCUUACCAGUCAACGACAGUCAAUCCCACGCUAUCGUCUUCGAGUAGAUCCAUGCACUGCCUUCUUAGGUUAUAGAAACAAGGAUUUUAGAUCUGCCAGACGAAUUACUCGUGACUUUUCUAGCAAAUAUCCCUUGCCCAAAUCAUCAUCCGAAUUAGCUACAAUAGGAUACAUUAGUUCGUAUACAACCAAUACUCUCAAUAGAACAACUGAAUUGAACUCAGAGGAGGACCGUUCUGAAGGAGAAGACGAAAACGACGACACUCUCAGUUUAACAACAGAACAGAUUGAAAAUACUCUUGAUUAUUUUAUUCUUUGUGGUCUAAGAGUUAGUCAGAUGGCUCAAACUUAUGAAGAUUUGGAUGCUAUUACCCAACUUUUAGAAGAAAAACAAACAGAUCUUGAAUUGGCAGCGAAAAUCGGUAAAAAUCUGUUGGCGAAAAAUCAUGACCUUCAGUCGAGACUAUUAGAGACUGAAAAGAAUCUUAAUGCACGUGAUGAAGUUAUUAGUCAGCUAAACCAUAAUCUCUCUGUGAAAGAUAAUUUACUACGUAUAUUCCUAAGAGAUUCCGAUCAAAUUACUGACAUUAAUGAUGAUGAAGUUAGUGUAUUAUCCAGUGGACGUGCAUCACCUGUUCGCAGUCAGCAGGGAUUAUCAUCUAGUGCCGGAGGAGGUGAUGGAUUUUCCUUAUCUUCAGUCAACUUCGCACAGUUGCAUAAAAAACUUGAAGAUCUAGAAGAGGAAAAUAAUCUACUACGUCAAGAGCGUAAUCGAUUGUCUACUACGGCGGACCAAUUAGAUGAACAUGAAGCUGCAUUAGUUCGAGAUUGUGCACGUCAAUUAAUUACUGCUAAUAUACAUAUACGUAAUUUAUCCGAUGAGUUGGCUAAGAAGUCUGAUGCUUUCAUGAAUCAACAAUCUGAAAUUACUCGCCUACUUACAAGAGGUUUAGAUUUAGAAAAUCGUGUUAAACAGUUGACAGCAGAAAAUGAAAUGUUAAUUGGUCGGCUGAAGGAAACACAAAUAUCGCAAUCAUUACUGACAAGUGAAUUAAAAAAUUCACGUGAUAAAUAUGAUGAGUGCCUAACACUUUAUAAUGAAGCUAGGUCGGAAAUUCGGGCCCUACGUAAACGUUCUCGUCGUGGUUAUUAUCGUCCUAAUUCACUUAUAUCCUGUAGUUCUGUAGUGAACACUGCAGUGUUACCCUCACUACCACCUUCUUAUUUAAAUGGAGCCGCUUUAACACCACAGUCAGAUCCGGAUCCUAUGCAUUACUGUCAUCAUUCGUCAUUAUCUGCUCAUCAGCUAGCCAGUGAUGGCAGUACAUCUUCUCUGGAUAUGUUGACUACACAAAAUCCAAGUUCAGAUCAUGUGGAAACUUCAUUAGCAGCAGAUUUGGUACAUGCAAGAAUGAAAGAACAUGCGAAAGAUAAUAUAAAGCAUUUAUUUCGAGCAAUGGAUCAAGUUCGUCAUACGCGUACACUCAGUAAUGGUCCCACUCCUACUCCUACUGCUACUACCACAAUUAAUCCUAAUGAUGACGAUAACAGUAGCCAUAAUAUUAUACUGAUUGAAUCAGGUCUGGAAGAUACUGUUUCUAGCAGUGGUUUUGUUAGUGGGUCAGAACCGUCAGAUAAUCCUCACAAGCAAAAAUUUGUUAAAAGUGAACAAACGUCUAAUUCUGGAAGUCCUUAUUCAACUAGACCAUUUAUCCCAGAUUUUAUCACACCUAUUCGCUUGGCUGAUGCUGACAGAAGUAAAUCUAAUUUGGUAAAUUAUCGCCUUCAUCAGUCUACAAAUCCGAAUUAUUUACUCGAGUCUGAAAAACGACAUAGUUGGCUUGGUUGUGACGUAACUUCUAAUUUAUCUGACAAAGGAUAUUAUUCAAUUCCUGAUAGUGGACUGAAUUUUCAAAACAGCUUUGAUGAUAGUCUACUUUCAUGUGAUCCAAAUGUGGUCUGCACUAGUAAAUCAUAUUGCAAACUGCCUCAACGUUUGAAGCUGAUUAAACCAUUAGAUGGUUCUAAUGUUCUUCAACAUUGGCAGCAUUUAGCUACUCCUAGUUUUACCCGGGCACUUUUUGAAGCCCCACUACCUGGAGUUCAAAGUCGUGCUGGAGUAUCAGAUUCAACCAACACAAACUGUUCGAUAAUUGCUAACACGACCGACUCUCGACAACGUCCUGUUUCAGUCGGAUCAUCACCUUGUAUUUCAACCAGUUCUGAAAUUUCACUGAAAUGCAGUAGUCUGACUGCUCAUUCGCCUCCGGAUUUGCCACAAGGUCAACCAAGUAUGAGAUUUGUUCAAGAAUCGCUAGAGAAAUGUACUAAUUUAAACCGAUUUGGAUUCAAUUCAUCAACAUAUUUGCUGAAUAAUCAACUAAGAGCACGAUCGUUAGAUCAUUUAGUAACAGGAUCCCCAUCCUUAUCGUACAGUGAUAAAAAUAGUAAUAAUGAUUAUAAAUCUAUCCAGUUUAAUCAAGCGUUUGAUCAUGUAAAAAGCGACGAACCUGCAUCAUCAUAUCUUACUUCAUUUUCCCUAACUUCAUUAGUGUCUGCUAUAUUGCCGUUCACUACUGCUGUUCUCCCUUCAUCAGUAGUAUCGUCAUCUGACCCAAAAGGUGUCACAAUCAACGACAAAUUAACAAAAGCAAAUACACGACUCAGUGAAUCAACACAUUUGCGACCGAAAUGUCCAUCAUCAUCAACAGCGGUGACUGGUCUACAAGGUUUACUUGAUGUAAAUAAGGAAGAUGCUGAUUCGUCAAAAUCAUUAUUACAUAGAACGUCAACAUCAAAAUCAAUUGAUCGUAGUGCAUUAUCUCCUAAUAGCAAUGUACCAAAUUCAAUUGCUCUUCCAAACCCUCAACCUCCAGCAUUAAUUUCGCCAAGCGUUAAUCGUACUGCUAUUUCACAUUCACGUCCUGUACGUACUAGUAACUUGACAGAAAUCACUGAAGAGUCUGGUUCACCACCGAAAUCAGAAAAUGGUCAGAAAUCAUUGAUAUCUUCGGAAAAUCAACAACAACAACAACCACAAUCUGAAGUAGUAGUUGUUUCAGAAAGAUUGAAAAAAAAUUCAGAAUAG